AUGGAUGAUAACAAUAAUUCUCAACAAAGUAGUCAAUCGACUGUAUCUCUAUCUUUAAAACCUGGUUAUAACAUAGAUGAUAUAGAUAAAGCUAAUUCAAGAUUCAAAUGCAUAUUUUGUAAACUAAUUAUUCGAGAUCCUAUUCAAUUAACUGAAUGUGGUCAUCGAUCUUGUCGAAAUUGUUUUGAUGAGCGAGCUAAUAAAGAACCUGAUGGAAAUGUAACAUGUCCUUGUGAUGAUUGUCAUAUAGUAACAAACAAAAGUCAAGUCAUGCCUGACAAAGCAUUCAAAAAAGAACUAGAUAGUAUUCGAGUUGUUUGUAUACAUCGAAGAGAUGAUCAAUGUACAUGGACAGGACAUCUUAGAGAUUAUCAAGCACAUCUUGAUGAAAAUCAUGUUCAUUAUAUUUGUCCUGAUUGUAAUGAACGUUUUACUUCACAACCAAUGCUUGAUGAUCAUAUGGCAAAAUGUCCAGCAAUCUUCCAAUUAUGUCCUCUAGGAUCACUGUGUACUGACCAAUUAAUUCGUAAAACUGAACUUUUAAAACAUUUGUUAAGUCAAAAACAUCAAGAAGUACUUAUUAAAUCCGUAACAGGUGAAUAUGUCAUAUCAGGAACAAUGACUCACGAACAGGAAAUGGAAGUGAAUACAAUAAAACCUGAACUUGAUGAUAAGACUAUAGAUAAAUUAAAUACUUUAUCUAAAGAUAUUCAAAAUUUAAAUGAAAUGAAUAUUGAAUUAACAAAUAAAUUUAAUAAAUUAAAUGAACAUGUAAGCACAACUGCACAAGAAUUGAAUAAUAUGUAUUUAACAACCAAUGAAAGACUUCCUGUAAAACAAAGUUUACAAUCUUUACAAGAAAAAGUACAACAAGAUCUUGAACAAUUACAACAAACAUUUGAUAAUUGUCAACAUAUAUCAACGGAUGGUACAUUAACAUGGCGUAUUAAUAAUGUUUCAGAAAAAAUGGCUGAUGCACAAUCAGAAAGACAGACUAGUAUAUUCUCGCCUGUAUUUUAUUCGUCUCCGACGGGUUAUAAAAUGCGUGCAAGACUUUUUCUUUUUGGUGACGGUGGUGGCAGACGUUCACAUAUAUCACUGUUUUUUUUAAUUAUGAAGGGAGAAUAUGAUGCAAUACUUAAAUGGCCAUUUCAUUAUAAAGUUACAUUUUGUUUAUUAGAUCAAACAGGUAAUAAUCGUCAUGUUAUUGAUUCAUUCCAUCCCGACGUUAAAUCAAAUUCAUUUCAACGUCCAAAAGAAGCAGCUAAUACAGCAAGUGGAAUCCCAAAGUUUUUUCCCCUACCUAUGUUACUACAGGAUGACAAUGCAUAUGUUCGUGAAGAUACACUUUAUCUUAAAAUUAUUAUUGCACUUAAUGAUACACCAAAAGUCCUGUUACCAUUUAUGCUAACACUUAAUCCAGCAUUACCGAAUUAUGUGCAGGACAAUUUAAUUCAUCAAGAAGAAAUUAAACGACAACAACAACAAACAGCUACUGUAAAUACUCCUCAACCAGUACCGAUGAACACCGCAAAAUAA